AUGUCUAUUCUGUUGACAGAAAAUAACUUCGAAUGUCGGGUGAGUUCUGUGCUAAAUAAGAACAUUCAAUCUUAUGGAAAAAUGUAUAUGUUUGAUAAUUGUAGUGAAACAUGUUGGAAUUCUGAUGCAGGAAGUCCACAGUGGGUUCUUAUUAAGUUUGAAGAAGAAUGCAGUCUCUCCAGUUUUGAGGUGGAAUUCCAAGGUGGAUUUGCUGGAAAAAAUUGUCAUAUAGAGGCUGGUAAUGAUAAAAAGAAGUUAAUAAUUGUUGAAUCUUUUUCUCCCGAAGAUAAGAACAAGCUACAGCGAUUUAAUUUAAAAAAUCAGGAUAGAGGUUGAAAUUUUAUAUCGUCAACAGCGAAGCCUCCGUUACUGGCGCUUCCCUCAAGAAUAAG